UUUUGUUUCUUCGAUUGAUGUCUUAUUUUUUUUCUCUCCUUACGUCUGAGGAUUUUGUAGGUGAUUUAAAAAAAAAAAAUUGUUUACCUAUCCUUUUCUUACGUUUUCCAAUCCGUUAUCUUUUAUAGAAGACUCUGCACAAAGAUAAACCUGCAAUUUUGGAGAUAAAUAUUGUUUCUCUCUGAACAAUAUUUUGUGCUAUAAAUUAAAGGUGAUUUUUCUUUAACAUGAUUUUUUACCAAUCAUCUUGUUUUCCUCGAUUUUUUUAGUGUCAUCAACUUCUGUUAUGGGAAAAGUGAGUUUUGAAAAACUAGUUUUCCGGGAUAAGUUUUGUUCUUGGAUGAAAUAAUUAAAGAAAAAAAAAACUGUCUACCUAAAAAGAGAUCUAUGCAACUCGCAAUGUCAAGCUCCAAGAUGAAAAGCCUCUUAAAAGGGCUCCGAUACAUUUCUCAAGUAUUUGAAAGUGAAAAAGAAGAAGAAAUACAAAUCGGAAAUCCAACGGAUGUAAAGCAUGUUGCACAUAUCGGUUGGGAUGGACCAUCCGCUAAUGCCACCGCACCAAGCUGGAUGACUGAGUUCAAAACUGGCGAGGGGUUCGAGGCCUGUGAAGGAGGGGGAGAAGACGAUUCCUCCGUGAAAUGUACGUCGGAAUAUGGUGGUCGGUCCAAAGAUUUACCAAAAGUACCAAAAUCUACGAGGAAAACAGUGUCGGAGAAAGGUUCUCCGACAAAGGAAAAAUCAGCGGACAAAACUAAACGCCGGUCUUCGAACAAAGGCACAUCGUCAUCGUCAAGGAGACCGAAGGAAGCGUCUGAGCAAGAAGACCUUUCUUCAUGGCCUCGUGGAUUACCGGAAAUUCCAAAGAAGUCGAGGAGGAAGAAGAAGUCGACGAAAGAAACCGUUAACGGAGGUUCAUCAAGAUCGACAAGAAGAUAUGAUGUGGACAACAUGUCGGAAUAUAUGUCUGAUACUGGUUCGGUGAGAUCUAUGCCACAAUUCGACAAUAGAGAUGAUUUUUGAAAAAGAGAGACUUUGCUCUGGUCCACAUGGCUAAUUUUAU